UGUUCCUCACAAUGAAUUUUCAAAGAAAUACAAUACUCAACCAUCUAGCUGCAGCAAUAACCUCGAACAAAACAUUCUCUCGCCCUCAACAUGGGAAAUUGUUGGUACGAGUCCAGAGCCAAAAAUGAAUCGUUUGUUGGUUUUUCAUCUUCUUCCACAAAAAGCAUCGCGAAAGAGGGUGUUGUUGGAAAAUACUCUUUCUGGAAAACCGGAAUAUGUUGUGGUAAAAGAACACCCAGAAGGGCCCAAAUGCGAUGAAAUGCUGGUCAUAUUUUCCAGAGAUAACUACAGAUUGUUGACUACUCCAACAUCUUCUAUCACUUCAACGCCGAAACCAACUCAAGAGGGAAGGAAGAGUUCAAUCGAUAGAGAAAUUACAACUACAACAUCAACUUAUACUAGUGCCAAUAAUGUCAGAACAACCUCACUGUCUGAGGAGACAUCAGAAAUUGCUCAAACUUCGAAAACUGCACCUCCUUUGACAUCUGCACCUCCUUUGAGAACUACAACAACAUCUGCUUCAACAACAAUGGCUACUACUACCAAAGGCUCUUCAGGAUUAGUGUUUUUUGCUGUGAUUAUCGUUGUUAUUCUGAUUGUUAUCGGGAUUGGAAUUGCUGCUUACUUCUUCGUCAUUAUGGAGAGCUUUGACAACGGGGAGAAUGAUGCUGAGGCAGGUAUUGUGACUAAGGAAGAUGUCACGGGGGAAGUUCAAAACAAGGAUAAUGUCACAGGAGAAGAUCAAAAGAAGGAAGAUACAAAAGAAGAAAAUCAAAAGAAGGAAUAUGGUGAAUCAGAAGAAAAGAAGGAAGAUCUCAAGGGAGAUAAUCAAGGAGAGGAUGAAGGCUCUAAAGACGAUAAUAAAGCAACAGAGAAGAUAGAGGCGACUACAAAGACGACUGCACCAACAACUGAAAGCCAAACUAAAGAAGAGCAGGCGAGUGCCGAAGAUAAGAAUAAAGAAGAGGGAGAGGAAAAGAAAGUCGAAACUCAAGAAGAUUAG